CACAGACUGAAAAUGAGCAUCACAGCGCUCCCCAACGACAUCUUCCUCUUAAUAAUUGCAUACCUUUCUCCCAAAGAACUUAUCCUCAGCCGCCGUGUGUCGAAGCAAUUCCACGAUGCUUUCACGGAGUUCGAAUUGGGUCGGCAUGUGCUUGUUCAACACUAUCCCAGAGCACGCGAGCUCCGCCAUGCCGACCAGAAUGGUUCUUUAGAUUGGCCGAGCCUGUUUGCAAAAGUUGCUGGAAGAUAUCAUCAUCUGAAGAGCGGAAUACCACGAAGCGUAGAGAAGCUUCCUUUAGCAAGGUCGUUUAUCGUUCCGCAAUGGUCACAGAAUUAUGGAGUCGCACCCUGGCAAAGGCAUUUGCAAUUCGGGGAGAAAGAAGCUCCUUUCCAUUAUCCGGAUACUCUUUGGACUUAUGAGGAAGGCCUUUUGAUCUUCCCUUCAGCCGAUUUGCAACGCUAUGCGGUGUAUGAUCUUGAUGCUGGAAUAGUAUCUGAGGUCAAUUUUGACCCGGAGAAGAAGCUCGUCCGGAGGCUGCGAUUACAUGAGAGAGUUCUCGUAGUCGAGUGGUGCGAAAACCAUCCGUAUCACCAGUUGAAUGAGAACGAGAUGGUCUACAGGCAUUUCGCCACUGCGUACGAUGUUGUCAAAGGAGCGGCUGAGGGGGAGUGGAGAAUCGCUUUCAGAAAUGAAUGGAAGAUACACUUUCUCGGCAUGCCAUUGAAUUCCAGAGAUCGUUUCUUCAGCUAUCACACUUCUCAAAAGUAUGCUUUAUAUGUCUGGCAGCCCAACAGGAGUGCCUGGGGAGAAGAUGAGCCAAUCGAAGCCUUGGCGGUUUGGGACAUCUCAUCACCGUCACCGUAUCUCCCAUCCCAAGAUCCCAGCGGAAAUGGAAAGCCAGAUGGCAGUCUUGAAGGGCCCAAAGUCGUGAGGAGGUUCUCAUUUAAGGACCUAGAUUUCUACAUGAUCAGACAGCGUUCGACUCCUGUCCUCCGUGGUCUUGAGCUGGAUGAUGGUCACGUGUAUGUCAUUGAGGAAGACCAUCGUUGGAUUGUCGGCCAACAAGCAGGACAUGCCCUUCCAAGGUUGCACAAGUUCAAGACUAUCGGAAUUCCUUUCACCAUAGGACCGAUGUGGGUUGAUUCAUGCGGAGCGGACAGAGAUAUCUGUCAAAGAGUCUCCGAUUCAAGGCGCCACCAUCUUACGCCAUGUUGGAGACAUGAGGAAUUUCCGUACUUGACUAUCACUGAAGCAAGGGAUGCCAAAGCCGGUGUGGUUUUCAGUGCACGGAAUUGCUUCAUGUUAGAGUCAAUAUCAAUCAGCUUGAAGCCGGAGGCCCACAGGACAGAACCUGGCUAUGAGAUUUCGCUGAGAGACGAUUUAUGGCAACAGCUUCUCGAAAAAGGGAAGAUCUGUGGAGAUGAACGAUGGCUCAUCGGCGAGAAUUCAAAUCAAGAGGUUGUCAUCGCCCAUUUUGAUAGGGAAAGGAAGAUGAGGGUCCAAGAGCUGAAGACUUAAAGUACGUAACAAGCGAGCGGGGCCUGGCUGUCUCAUUCUCCAUGCUGUAUGUGACUUGCUAGUGUGGUUGUGUGGCAUUUCAGUCUCAGCUUGCUAGUAUAGUCGUCCACUCCCCCAAGGCGAAACCUGGAAUCUUACUGCAAUUUGCAAGGCCCCUGUGUAACUUGGUAGGACAGAGAGCUUGUACCUCUCUUUACUAUAGUUAACUUACACUUCCUCAAUUCGUAUACGGCUCGAGGCCACUGGUCUUCGUUUUGAUGAUUCUGGACUGGGGUAUCAACACCCAUUUAAUGAAGCUUUGC